CCCAGCUGAGCAUCGGAAGGGGGCAGCAUCGCAAUCGCAAAUGCAGGCGCUCCUACUCCCAGCGCGGCCUGCGCCGCCGGCGCCGGCGCCGGCGCUGGCGAUGCUCCUGCGGCGUGCGCUUCCCGCGUACGCGUCGCAGCUCUCCCGUCCCUUCCUCGGUGCCGCAGCGCGCCUCGGCUGCGGAGGCGCUCGCCGGGGCCUCACCGUGGCGGUGGCUGCGGCGGCGGCGCCCUCGUCCUCGUCGGGUCCACUCUACCCGACGCCUCCACCAACCGCGCAGGAGGUUGAGCGGGUCAAGCUCGAGCAGGUUAUGAAAAGACUAGAGAAAACGGCAAGGUAUUUCAAGAAUUUGGGUACCCUAGGGUUCUGGUCCCAGUUGGUGUGCACAAUUGUUUCUGCUGGAAUUUUGUCGUUCUCUACAGUUGUAACGGGGAAGGUGACAGCACCCAUUACAUUCUAUUCAACAGCUGCUGGUAUUGCUGCUGCUUUUAUUUCAGUUUUUUGGUCAUUUGGUUACAUCCGUCUUUCUGAAAGGCUUAGAAGAACAACAAAAGAACCUGCAAAGGCUCCUCCACGCGCCGAUGUUGUUAAGAGUCUAAAAAAUGGCAUUCUGCUUAAUAUUCUCGGAAUGGGUGCUGCUGUUCUCGGCAUGCAAGCAACUGUUGGUGCUUUGGUAGCAAAAGCUCUCACCACCUCUGCAGUACCAUAUUAUCAGGCCGCUUCCCCUGGCCAGAGUCCUGUUUUGGCUUUGGAUGUUUUCCUAGUUCAGGCUUCAGCGAACACCAUCCUGUCGCAUUUCCUUGGACUCGCGAGCUCGCUGGAGCUGCUGCGCUCGGUGUCACUGCCUCCAGCAGAACCUGCCCCGGCCCCUGCACGAGCCUGAGCCACGGCAUGCGAAGAACGACCUGCACUCCUCGGCUCUGCAUUUGUUGUUCCGGAUUGUCUUGUUUACACCUCAGUGUUUUCUUGUCGAGCUUAAAUCAAAUUGUUUCCGUGAUUCC